AUGAAUAAAUACAGAAAAAACAAACUUGAUGAUAUUUAUAUGAGUUAUUCUUUUGAUAAAAUGAAAAAUUACAAUUUUAAUAGUACAAGAAAUAAAUUUAAAGGGGAGAAUAACAACUAUAAUAAUUAUAACAAUUUUAAUUAUUAUAACUAUUAUUAUAACAAUAAUUUAUCUUACUAUAAAAAAAAAAACAAAUAUGGAAAGAGUGCUUAUGAUAAUGAAUAUUCCAAACAAAAAGAUAAAAAUAAAAAUUCUUUUGUAAGUAAAAAAUAUGAUUCUAAAAAGGAUGAUGAAAAAAUAGAUUCUUUGAAAACAGUAAAAAAGGAUAGCAUUCUUGAAGAAGUAGAUAAAAUUAAUAACAUAACAUUUGGUUAUGAUAAUAAUUCAAAAUGUGAUUUCUCAUGUAUGAAUAAUAAUAUAAUAGAAAAUGAAAAGAAAUUAUUUAAAUUAAACAAGUUAGAUAAAAGUAAUGACUCAUCAAAAUAUAUAGAAAUAGAGGAAAAGAGUUUAAUAGAUAGUAUGCAAUAUAGAAAAAGAGAAGAUGAAAAAAGAAAUUUUAUAGAAAUGGAUAAUGAGAAUAAAUACUAUGCAAAAAAAGAAAAUGUUUUAAAAAAUCUUACUGAUGAUAGAGAUAUUGAAAAUAAAUCAAAUUAUAUAAAUAAAAUAAUAGAUAAAGAAAAUGAUGAUUUUUUUCAGUUUGAUAAUAAACUAUCUAAUAUAACAAAAUUUAUAAAUAAAAACAUUUUUAACAAUGAUAAUGAUGAAUUAAAAGAAGAACAAUUAUCAGCGAAUUCUGAUCCUUUUAAUUUUAGUGUCACAUUAAAUAAUGAUGAAUUUUCUAAGGAUGAAGAAUUAAAAAAAAUUAAAAAUAUGACAGGCCAAAAAAAAGAAGAAAAAAAAAAUAAAAGUGAAGAAAAAGAAAAGAAAAAGAAAAUAGAGAAGAAAGAGAAAAAGAAUAGUAUAAAAAAAGAAAAUAAUAAUUAUAAAAAAGUAACAGAGUAUGAAGAAGAAAUUGAAGAAAAGAAAAAAAAAAAAUUGGAUGAAAAUAGACAAAAUGAAAAUGAAUUUGCUAAAGUAUAUUUAAAUAGUGAUGAAAAAAAAGAUAAUAAUCCUUAUAGUGAUAAUUAUGAAGGUAUAAACUAUUUUAAUAUUUCAAACAAAAAAGUUAUUAACACAGAUAAUAAAAGUACAGGACAAGAAAAAAAAAAUUCUUCUGAAGAAAAUAAUACUUUACACACUAAGAUUUUAAGUGAUAAUAUUAAUAUGGACAGUGUUCCUAUUAGUAAUGUAAAUGAUUUAUUAAAAACAAAAAAUUAUAAUGAUAAUAAUAACAAUGAUUUAAGUAAAUUUAGAAACGAAAUUAAUGUAAAUCAUGUAGAUGGUGUGAAUAAUAUAAAUAAUUUAAAAAAAAUAGAUAUGCUAAAUCUACUUUAUCUCAAUAAUAUGGGUGGUAAUGAAGAUUAUAUGAAUGAAUCCAACAAGUUGAAUAAUUUGUUAAAUAUUUAUAAAAUGAAGAAAAAUCAAAAUAAUGAUGAUUUUUUUCUAAAUAUGAAUGAAAAUAAUCAUUUAAAUUAUUCCAAAGAUAAACACAACUUAAACAAUGCAGAAAAUAAAAAUAUAAUGAAUACCUUAAAGAAUUACAAUGAUAAAUAUAAUGAGAAUUUUGUAUUAAGUAAUAAAAUUUUGAACAAUAAUGAAGUAAGUACAUUAAAUGAACUUUCGCAUAAACAAGAAAAUAAUAAAACUAAUGAUGUGAGAAAUAAAAAAUUUAAUGAUGAAAUGCCAAAUGAUAAAAAUAUUCUAGAUUGUAAUGAUUAUGUAUUAAAAAAUCAAUUAAGAGAUGAAAAUUAUGAUUUGAACAUAGUAAAUAAUAAGUUAAAUAAUUGUAAGGAAGAUGAACUAUUUUACUUAGUAAAUGGUGAUAUUAAUCUGGAUACAAUAUCUGAUGCAAAUAUCUUAAAAUUAUUAAAUGAUUACUACAAAAACAGUGAAUCAAAUAAUGUGAUGACAAUAGAAAAAGAUAAAAGUAUAUUUUUAAAUAAAGAAUUAAUGUUGAAAAAAGAAAAUUGUUUAAUUGAAAAUGAGAUUAAAUAUAAUAUCAAUAAUAAUUGUCAUAAUAAUUAUAAAAAUAAUAAUAAUGAGGAUUUUUAUUUCAAUGAUAAAAGGAAUAACGAUAUAUACAUUGACAAGUAUAACAAUUUUAAUAUGAAUUAUAAUAGUAGCAAUAAUAAUAAUAAUAAUAAUAAUAAUAAUAAUAAUAACAAUAAUAAUAAUAAUAAUAAUAAUAAUAAUAAUAAUAAUAAUAAUAAUAAUAAUAAUAAUAAUAAUAAUAAUAAUAAUAAUAAUAAUAAUAAUAAUAAUAAUAAUAAUAAUAAUAAUAAUAAUAAUAAUAAUAAUAAUAAUAAUAAUAAUAAUAAUAAUUAUAUUAAAAGCAACUAUAAUAAUCGUUGUAUUAAUAAUUUUGGUAAUAAUAAUAUUGCAAAUAAGAAUCACAUAAAUAUUCACAACAAUAACAUAAGUGAAAAAAAUAAUAGAAACGUUUCAAAUACAUAUUUAGACAAAUAUGAACAAAAAAAUUAUUUUUAUAAAAAUAAUGAUAAUAAAUUGAAAAAUAGUAAAUCAUAUUCAAAUAAUUAUGGAAUUUCUUAUGAUAAAAAAUAUAAUUAUAAUAAUAAAAGCACAAAUAAUAAUGAUUUGAAUAAUACAUACAAUGAUGAAAACAUUGUUAAUGAUAAUUUUAUUAUUAAAUUAAAAAAACACAAUAUGCUUAAAUUAACUAAUGUUAUGAAAGCAAAUUAUAAAAAUACAAAUAUAAAUGAUUUAAAUGAUGAUAUGUAUAAUUACUAUAGAUUUAUAAAUAAAAUUAAUGCAAACAUUAAGCAAAAUAAUUAUCAUAAUAAAUAUAAAAACCUUAUGCAAAAAAGUGAAAAAGAUAAGUUAUUAAGAAUUCAGUUAUCAUAUAUGAUAAUAAAUCCAUCUAUACAGAAGAAUAGUGGAAAAUGGAAUUUUAAAAAUGAAGAAAAAGGAAAAGAGGUAAAUACAUUGAAUUAUGAAAUUUCAUUAAAUAAUAGUAAUAUUGAAUAUAUUGAUGUGAAAAACAUUUAUAACGAGGAAAAGAAACCUUUUGAUAACGACGAGGUCUUUAAGGACCAAAAUAAAUAUGAUAAUUUUUUAAAUUUUUACAGAAAUGAAAAUAAUGAAGCUAAAGAUGAUAUAUCAUUUAUAGAAAGCAUAAAAAAGAAUCAAAAUUUAAAUGAUAAUUUUAGCAUAUAUUUAAAUGGAAAAGAAGAAAAGUUAUAUAAUUUACUAGAUGAAAAGCAUUUUGAUUUAAACGAAAAUAUUUUUGAUAUAAAUUUAAGUAAAUUACUAUCAUUUUCUCUAUCUGAGAGAAAUAUGAUUGAUGAUGAGAACGGUGAGAGAAAAAAUGACGUAUAUUUAGAAAAAGGAAAUGUAAGCACCAAAAGAAAAAAUAAUGAUAAAUUGAAGGAUCACGAAAAAAAAGAUGGUGGUGAUAUUUCAGAAAAAAAAGUAAUGAACGAAUUUGAUAAAAAUGACUUAGAUUUGCAGAAUGAUGAAUACAUUAAUAAUUUAUAUAUACAAAAAAAUGAUUUAUGUAAAUAUGAAAAUAUAAAAAAGUUAGGUAAAUAUGUAUUUGCUACAGUGCAUGAACCAAGAAAUCUAAUAACAUUAAUAAAAAAUAAGGAUUUUGAAAAUUAUGAUGAAAUAAUAGAUAAAAUUAAAAAGAUAAUAAAAAAUGAGAUGGAUAAGGAAACAGAAAACAACAGAAAGAAUGAAGUGGAUCAUUAUGAGAAUGAAAAUGAAAUGAAAAAUGAAUAUAAAUUAUACAAUAAAAUAAAUAAUUAUAAUUUUAUCGAUAAUGCUAUUAAAAAAAUGUUAGAGAUACUAUGGGAUAUUUAUAUAGAUAUCAAAAAUUUAUUUAAAGAUAUAGAUAAAUGCCCAUAUACGCACAUAGAAACAAUAUCUAAAUAUAAAGAUGAAAUUAAACAAAAGAAAAAUUCACUUUUCAAUUUUAUUUUUUUAAAUAAAUUAAAUAAUGGUAUGCUAUCAUUGAAUUCAUUUAUUGAUAACAAUAGCAUCUUUAUAAAAAGAAACAUCAGUAAUUUAGAUAUAAUUGUAAAUAAAUAUACAUAUUUAUAUUUAUCAAAUUUAUUGUAUAAUAAUAUAAAUAGAAAAUUAAAGUUCUUCAAAUAUCCAAACAUUGUUCAUUUAAUAAAUAAUUUACGUUUUAAUAAAAAUAUAGCUACAAAAGAUGAUACAAAUUCAAUUGAAGAAAUGCUACCUGAUAAAAAUAAUAAUACAUAUAAUAAUCAUUCUAAAUCUUAUGUUAAUAUAGCUCAUGAAAAUAAAAGUAAUAUAAAUAAUAUAUUUUUGUAUCAAUUUCCUUAUGAGAACAAUUUAUAUAAAUUACAUAAUUAUGCUAUAUUCGGAAAAACACUUAUAUUCAGUAAAAAGUAUAACUACUUCAAUUUUGAAAAUUAUAACAAUUAUGAUAAUUUUUUGAAAACAUAUAGAGAAAAUGAGGACAAAUCAUACAUAAUUAAUGAAAAGAAUAAUAAAAAAUGUUCAAAUAAAAAUUGCUUGGAUGAAUUUUCUUUAAAUAAUACAAAGAUUCAUAAUGAAAUAAAAACUUUUAAUAUUGAUAAAAAUUUGAUUAAUGAAGAGCUCUUUAGAUUAAAAAGUUUAUAUUUUUUAUUUUUUAAUAGUUUUUUAAAAAAUAAAGGUGCAUCUAUUUAUAGAAAAAUUUUAAAAAUUAUUAAAAAAAAGAAGAGGAAAUCUUUAAUAUAUACUUUAUUUAGUAAUUAUUUUUUAUUGUAUUAUAUUUUUUCAUAUGCAGAUGAAUGCUUUGAAAGCAAAUUAGAAUAUGAAGAAUUUUUAAAAUUGCAAUUAUUACAUAUUAAUUCAAAUAUAAACACCUUAAAUAAAUUAUUAAAAAAUGAAAAAAAUCAAAAUAGAAAUAUAAUUGAUCAAUCUAUUUCAAAAAACUUAAAUCCAUCAUUGAAUAUAAGAUAUAAAUUAUAUAAUACUAAUAUAUACACAUCAUUAUAUAUAUAUUUGAUAGAUAUAUCUUUAUCUUAUUUAUUUACACCGGAUAUUGGAAUAUCAUAUAUUCAAGAUAUCUUAUCAUUACUAUUAUUUUAUAAUUAUAUCUAUUUAUAUAUAACAAAAAUUUUAUUUUAUAGAAGUGGAGCAGGAUUAAUAACAAUAUUGCUAGUAAAAAUUAUUCCAUAUGUUAAAGAUUUUGACAGGAAUCUUAUGAUUUGUUUCCUUUAUUCAGUUUUACAUAGCAUAUUUUAUAUUUUGUCUAAUUUAUUUAUAUAUCACUUAGAAAAAGAAAAAAAAAACUUUAAAGGAUUGGAACAGGAGUUAUAUUUAAAAAUAUUAUGUUCUAUGGGAAAUGAAAUUGAUUUUUAUAAAAUUAUAUAUAAGAGUGUGUGUAGUUAUUCUCAUCAGGAUAAAUUUUAUGAAAAGGAAAUAUUACAUAUGCUAGAAGAUAUAGGUAAAGAUAAUAUUGUAAAAAUUAUAAUGAAUUAUAUACAGAAAUAA